GUCACGUUGCGUUUAGGUUUUGUUUAUUUUUGUGCAGGUUAUAACAUUUAUCUGGUGGGAAUGAAGAGAUCUGGGGGUAAAUUGACAUGGCAUCUUGUUAGACUUCAUAGUUUUGAAACAAAAUGGAAUAAUUACAGUAAAUAUUUAUAAUUAAAUAGUUUUUAUUGACAACAGGUAGAUAUUACUGUGUCUCUGGUGAGGAUUAAACAAUGUCAGCAUUUGGGCUGUGCUUCAGUUUGGGUUCUGUAAUGCCAUACAUGGUAAUAACCCCAAGACUGGCAAGGCUGGCACAUCCCACCUCAAGAAAACAUCAUUACCUGAGAGUUGUCCCAUCAAGAACAUUUGGGUCAAAUCCAAAUGGAGAUGAUGAGGGUUCGGGAGCACAGACGGCACCUGGUCCAGGGCUUCCUUCAUUCUCGAGUCGGGCACCUGGAUUUGCCAGGCGACCCUUGUCUCCUUUGGAAAGGGUGAGUCAAAUGUUACCCCAGGAAUCUCUGAGUAAGGAGAUCUGGGAUCUCAGAGGGGACGGUGGAGAAACACAGAACCAGACUUCUGUAGAUGAUGUGGAAGACCUGGACCCUCAAAAACUGAAUGGAGAUGUUGUAGACGGGUCCAGAUAUCAAAACCAGACUUCUACAGAUGACCUGGACUCUCAGAAUCUUGUAGACACUGGGUCCAGACAUCAAAGUAGGGCAGAAGAAGGAAUGCACUCAAGUCGCACCCUACCGACGGAGCGGACGCUGCGUUUCGGAGAGAUCCUGCUGGCCGAGUAUCGGCGCAAACGCAGACUGGAGUUUCAGAAGAUGUUCCGGCUGGAGGAAGGAGCAAAGCUGAUGAGUAACUGGGGCGUUAUCCGUCACGAGGCGGUGGAAGGGUGCCACGCCGGGACCGUCCUCCGUACCAGCCUAGGGCUUCCCAUACUGAUCCGCAGACCAAGUCUGGAAGAGUUCACGCUGUUUAUGAAGAGAGGGCCUGCUAUCGCAUACCCGAAAGAUGCCAGUGCCAUGCUGAUGAUGAUGGACGUAAACGAAGGAGACAGUGUGCUGGAGUCGGGCUCCGGAUCAGGAGCCAUGAGUCUCUUUCUGUCCAGAGCAGUGGGCUCUAAGGGGAGCGUGUUGAGCGCAGAAGUAAGACAGGACCACCACAGACGGGCCGUGCUGAAUUACGAGCGCUGGCGUUCCGCGUGGAGGCUGCGCACGGGCGGCGAGUGGCCCGAUAACGUGAAGUUUCACCACGCAGAUCUGAUAACCUCCGCCCCGCUGCUCGCUGGACGUGGAUUCAAUUCGAUUGCUCUGGAUAUGGUCAACCCCCAGUUGGCGCUGCCCACGGCGGUCCCUCACCUACAUACCGGUGGGGUGUGUGCAGUAUAUCAGGCCAAUAUCACACAGAUCAUUGACCUGAUGGAAGGGCUGCGCUGCUCUGAUCUCCCUCUGGUGUGUGAGCGCAUCAUGGAGGUUCAGUACCGGGACUGGCUGCUGGCGCCGUCGCUCAGAAAGGACGGAACCUUCAACCAGCGCAAAGCUCCGGGAGACGGGAACAAGGAGAGCGAGGACGACGACGACUCGAGAGCGGAAGCAGCCGAGGAAGCUGCCAAUCCGAAGACUUUCCCGUUCGGAAGCGUCCCGUACAUCGCUCGCCCUCAUCCGGUACAGACCGGCCACACAGCAUUCCUCGUGAAGUUACGGAAGAUCUCCAGGUAGCUUCGGCUUCAUCCCGUCCAUAGCAUGCAGACCCGAUAUGAAGGCGGGUGAAAG